GACUGUACUGUUUGGGUGCACCGUCUAUCGCACUUUCAGCACCUGAACUGAAAUGGAUGCAGGCAAACGAGAUUCGACGGAAGGAGAGAGACUCUACGGUCGUUAAGUGCAGUUGAGAGGGACGCGUCCUGUCAUCAGCGUGUCGGUCAGCUGAGAUCCUUCGGUGGUUUCCCGAGGUGACAAUCUCUCACUGGCCGAAAGAUGAGCGACUUAGAGAGUUUGCGAAGGAGAGUAGCGGAACUGGAACGCGAGCUGGAAGAGAGGAAGAGCAAGGAUGCGGCGACCACGAGGGAGAAGAUCGAACAUAUGUCGGCGGAGGUGGUGGAUUCGAAUCCAUACAGCCGGUUGAUGGCACUGAAGCGUAUGGGUGUCGUCGAGAAUUAUGAGAAGAUUCGAAAUCUGUCCAUAGCUGUGGUCGGAAUCGGCGGUGUCGGCAGCGUGACGGCGGAGAUGUUGACGCGCUGUGGUAUCGGCAAGCUGAUAUUGUUUGACUAUGACAGCGUGGAACUCGCCAACAUGAACAGGCUGUUCUUUCAACCGCAUCAAGCUGGCCAGAGCAAGGUGGAAGCCGCGGCGAACACUUUGCGAUACAUAAAUCCCGACGUGGAGAUCGAGAUACGUAACUACAAUAUCACGACCGUCGAUCACUUUCAAGACUUCAUGGACACGAUAAGUGCAUCGAGUUUGAAGAAAGGCCCGGUCGACCUGGUGUUGAGUUGCGUCGACAAUUUCGAGGCUCGCAUGGCGAUCAAUGCCGCGUGCAACGAACUCAAUCAGAGGUGGUUCGAAAGCGGCGUCUCUGAAAACGCCGUGUCCGGUCACAUUCAGUUUAUCGUGCCCGGUGAAACGGCCUGUUUCGCGUGUGCUCCGCCUCUGAUCGUUGCGUCCAGUAUCGACGAGAAGACUCUGAAACGCGAAGGCGUGUGCGCCGCGUCGCUACCCACCACGAUGGGUAUAGUGGCAGGCUUCUUGGUGCAGAACGCUUUGAAGUUCCUGCUGGAGUUCGGACAGGUGUCCCAUUAUUUGGGUUACAAUGCCAUGGAAGAUUUCUUCCCUAAAAUGACGCUGAGGCCGAAUCCGAAUUGCGACGAUACGCAUUGCAGGCAAAGGCAGCGGGAGUAUCUGGCGAAGCCGAGGGUGCAGCAGCAGAAAUCGAGGGAAAUUUCCGAAGGGAAACCCGUGCACGAGGACAACGAGUGGGGAAUCUCGCUGGUGCAAGACGGACAGUCGGACGCGAGAUCGUGCGUGUCGGCGACGAUCCCGGGUGUGCGGCACGCAUACGCCGUGCCUACGCAGGCCUCCGACGCGGAGAGCGAACAAACGGUUCCCGAAGCCUCGAGUUUAGAAGAAUUAAUGGCGGAGAUGAAGUGCAUCUGAGGACGUCGUUCAGUGUCGAGCCCGCGCAUUCCGAAACAUAUUGAAUCUGUACCCAACUGUAUUGAGCGUGAAUCACACUUGAUUUACAACACAUUCUCCCCGUCAUUUUCUCUGUUUCGUUAACGAAUGUUAUGUAAACAAAAAAGAGACAACUAAAUGUCAAACUUUUCAAAACACAA